AUGGAAACAUUGGUUAAAUCAUUACAAGAUCAAUUCGCCAAACAUGGUUUCAAUAUUGUCGAGCCAUUCAUGGUAAAUGAUUAUAAUAAUGCAUGCAAAUAUAAACUUAAUAACCUUGGAAAUGAAAAUGCAAUGGGAUUGAUUGUUGGUUGCAACAAGGAUUUCUGGAGCUAUUUCACAAAGUACAUGGAGAGUCUAGAUUCGAUUCCAAAGGAUCCGAUGAAUUCGUUCUGCUUCGCCACGAUCGAACACGUGUUGGCAACGAAUGAAGAGGCACAGAAACAUCAUUACGAUGUUCGAUACGACUGGAAUUCAGUACAAUCUGGAAAGUACGCACACAUGCAGACUGCCGGACAUUUCGCUGGUGUCGCAUACUACGACCGUGACGUCAUGUGGAGUAUCCAUCCGGUCUACGGUCUCUGGAAAUGGUGCGUUGGACCAACGUCGCCAUCGACGAAGGUUGGAGCAACCUGGAGACACGCCUCAAAAUUUGGAGAAUCAUGUCCGCUCGGUAGAGACAAGUACAAGUACGAAGGUGACAUGUUUGAUUUCUUCUACCCGAUAGCAAGAACUUCACGUUCCGUAUUGGAAUCAAUCAUGCAAAACAAACUUAACAAAAGUACUACUACUACCACCGAUUCGACAAGCUCUAUUUGUUGUUCAAAUCCAACAACUACAGCAUAA